CAGGCCUCCGGCGCAGGUCUCCGGCAAGUCCGCACCGCCAUGGCUCACACAGCAGAGGGUGUGUCGGAGACCGUCGAGGCGGUCAGCUUCGGCUUCCUGACGGACGAGGAGGUGAGGAAGCAGAGCUGCGUGAAGGUCACCAACAGUGUCCUGCUCGAUAACGUCGGGAGGCCGGUGCCCGGCGGGCUCUAUGAUCCAGCGAUGGGGACGCUGGACGAGAGAAUGGCCUGUAAAUCUUGCGGCCAGCGGUCGUUCAAUUGCCCCGGCCAUUGCGGCCAUAUUGACCUUGUUUUCCCGGUCUAUAACCCCUUGCUAUUCAACACGCUCUAUAACCUUCUAAAGAGGACCUGCUUCUUUUGCUUCCAUUUCAGGGAAAGUAGGAUGCAGGUCGAUGCAUGUGUUUCCAAAUUGGAACUCAUUGCAAAAGGUGAUGUUGUUGGCGCAAAAGAACUGGAUCCCAAGUGGGUUAAUUCUUCGCUCCCAGAGGCUAGUGAUGGGGGUGACAUGCAGCACGACAGCUCUGAGCAUCAGAAGCAGGGAGGAUGGACCUCACUUCAGUUCAACGAAGCGAUGUCAGUUUUGGAUAAGUUUUUGAAGCCAACGUAUAAGGAGUGUAAGAACUGCAAAGCUAAAAAUCCUGCGAUCAGUAAACCUACUUUUGGCUGGUUCCACAUGAGUGGCAUGACCGGAGCUCAAACUAGAGGAAACAUUAUUAGAGGGAACAAGCUGGAUGGGCCAUUUCUUGAUGGAGCUGACGAGGAAAAUAUGUCCGAGAUGGAAAAUAGUGAAGGUGUUGGCCUCCAUGAUAAUGGCAGAAAUGAAUCUGAAACUCAAUCAUCCACUUUUGUAUCUCCUGACAGUAUUGGCAUUGCAAAAAAAGGGCACAGAAGAAAGGGCCAAAGUUUAUCUGAUGAGUAUAUCAAGCAGAAGAAUUUUUUCGCAAGACCUUUAUUGCCAGUAGAGGUUAUCGAAAUUAUGAAACUUCUGUGGGAGAAUGAAGCACGACUGUGCUCAUUUAUCAGUGACAUACAGCAGCAGGGUUCCGGGAAUAGAGCAACUCACUCUAUGUUUUUCUUGGGGACUGUUCUUGUACCUCCCAUCAAAUUUCGUCCCCCGUCUAAGGGAGGUGAUUCGGUGAUGGAACAUCCACAUACAGUUCUAUUGGGGAAGGUAUUGCAGGCCAACAUCUCCUUACGGAAUGCUCAUAUCAAUGGGCCGCAACGUGCAUUUAUUAGCCGGUGGAUGGAUCUUCAACAAUCGAUAAAUGUACUUUUUGAUAGCAAAACUGCUACAGGUCGAGGUCAAAGAGAUGUGGCUUCAGGUAUAUGCCAGUUGCUGGAGAAAAAGGAAGGCUUGUUCCGGCAGAAUAUGAUGGGCAAGAGAGUUAAUUAUGCAUGUCGAUCUGUCAUUUCUCCUGAUCCUUACUUAGCGGUUAAUGAAAUCGGCAUUCCCCCUUAUUUUGCAUUGAGAUUAACAUACCCAGAGAGAGUAACUCCUUGGAAUAUUGUUAGUUUGCGGAGAGCUAUUAUUAAUGGCACAGAAAUUCAUCCAGGAGCAACGCACUACAUUGACAAGUCAUCUACUCUUAAACUACCACCAGCUAGAAAAGGUCGAAUUUCAAUCUCAAGGAGAUUACCUUCGUCGAGAGGGGUUGUCACGCAAGCUGGCAAGAGUUCAAAUAAUGAGUUUGAAGGCAAAAUUGUAUAUCGCCACUUGAGAGAUGGAGAUAUCGUUCUGGUCAAUAGACAGCCUACACUUCACAAGCCUAGUAUAAUGGCACAUGUUGUUCGUGUAUUGAAGGGGGAGAAAACACUUCGGAUGCAUUAUGCAAAUUGCAGUACAUACAACGCUGAUUUUGAUGGUGAUGAAAUGAAUGUCCAUUUCCCACAAGAUGAUAUUUCACGUGCUGAAGCUUACAACAUUGUGAAUGCAAACAAUCAAUAUGUUAAACCAACCAAUGGCUCUCCUAUUAGAGCAUUGAUCCAGGAUCACAUAGUCAGUGCGGCAAUUCUUACAAAGAAGGAUACAUUUUUGAAUUACAAUGAAUUCAAUCACCUCCUUUACAGUUCAGGAGUUUCUGCUGCUGGAUCAGGUCCUUUCAGGAAACUUGGGAAAAAGGUGGCAGUUGAUUUCGAAGAGAAUAUGCUCUGCCCCGUGCCUACAAUUUUGAAACCAGAACCUCUCUGGACAGGAAAACAGUUGAUUGCUGCAGUUCUAGAUCAUUUAACUAGAGGUUACCCGCCAUUUACUGUGGAAAAGCAGGGGAAGAUACCAUCUGACUUUUUUAAAAGAAAACUUGGCAGGAAGAUAAGUGAACCAGGAAAGAAAGAUGCGAUUAAUCAUAAACCCAGUGAGAAAAAGGGGACUGACAAGGAUAAAGUGAAGGAACAGGACAAGCCAAGAGAAUUUAUGCAAGAUGAAUUGAAAAAAAAUGAAGAGCCUGGUGAAGAUACUGUGUUGAUAUUCAAAAACUACCUAAUCUGUGGGGUCAUUGAUAAGGCUCAGUUUGGUGACUACGGUCUAGUCCAUACGGUUCAGGAGCUUUAUGGUUCAAAUACUGCAGGAAUUUUGCUAUCUUCAUUUAGUCGGUUAUUUACAGCUUUUCUUCAGAUGCAUGGUUUCACAUGUGGAGUAGAUGAUCUUUUGCUGAGUAAAGACAUUGAUGAAAAAAGACAACAACAACUUGAAGAAUGUGAAAGAUGUGGAGAGGAAGUACACCGCGAGGUUGUUGGGGUUCAGAAGAAAGGUUUCAUAGACCCAGCAGAACUUCAAUUAAAAAUUGAAGAAGUAAUACGCGGCAAUGGAGAUUCAGCCCUGACCAAUCUAGAUAGGAGGAUGAUUAGUAGGCUAAAUGAGUUGAGUAGUAAAAAGAUCGAGAAGAAUUUGCUGUCUGAAGGGUUAUUCAAGCCCACUGGGAAGAAUUGCAUUUCACUGAUGACUAUAUCUGGGGCCAAAGGGGGUACUGCAAAUUUCCAGCAAAUAUCUUCUCAUUUGGGUCAACAGGAGCUAGAAGGCAGACGAGUCCCUAGAAUGGUUUCUGGAAAGACUUUGCCCUGCUUUCCUCCUUGGGAUUGGGCAUCUCGGGCUGGAGGCUUUAUAAUUGAUCGGUUUCUUACUGGUCUGCGGCCUCAAGAAUAUUACUUCCAUUGUAUGGCUGGCCGUGAAGGGUUAGUCGAUACAGCAGUCAAAACAUCUCGCAGUGGGUAUCUGCAGAGAUGCUUGGUAAAAAAUCUUGAAUGCCUAAAAGUUUCUUAUGAUCAUACUGUCCGAGAUGCGGAUGGGUCCAUAGUGCAAUUUUAUUAUGGAGAAGAUGGUAUUGAUGUCCAUAAAACAAGCUUUGUGGCAAAAUUUGAUGCCCUAUUGGCUAAUCAUGACAUUAUGAAGGCAAAGUAUUCCACUGAGCUUCGCAAAUCUAAUGGCUACAUCACAGAUUUGCCGGCAGCUCUAAAGGACAAAGCAAAAAAAUUCAUGUGUGAUAGGAAUCUUUCGGUUCCUGAAUUAGCAAAGAACGAGAUAUUAAAGCCAGAAGACUUUUUGAAGUCAGUGGAACAAAAAUAUUUUUCAAGUCUUGCACAGCCUGGAGAACCAGUUGGCAUAGUUGCUGCUCAGUCUGUUGGAGAACCAUCAACACAGAUGACAUUGAACACUUUUCAUCAUGCUGGUCGAGGAGAAAUGAAUGUGACACUUGGAAUUCCACGCCUACAGGAGAUAUUAAUGACCGCGUCCACUGAUAUUAAGACACCGAUUAUGACCUGUCCUUUAUGGAGAGGGAAGUCUAAGGAUGAUGCUGAUUCUCUUGCUGAAAAAUUAAAGAAAAUCACUGUGGCCGAAAUGAUUGAAAGUAUGGAAGUUGCGGUUGUGCCAUUUGCAGUGGAUAAUCACCAGGUCUGCCGCAUAUAUAAGCUGAAAAUGAAGCUUAACAGUCCUAAAUUCUGUUCAGUAAAACACUGUGAAGAGGUCUUAGAAGUAGUAUACCUUAGGGAGUUGGAAGAUGCAAUUCAGAAUCAUCUUCUUCUGCUCUCCAAAAUCAGUGGGAUAAAGAAUUUUUCACCAGAUGUAAGACCCAAGACAUCAAACGAGACUGAUGAAGAUGCGUCUGGUUCAGCUUCACUGCAUGCUGAGGAGAGGAACUUAGAUGACGAUGGUGAUGAUGGUGAUGAUGGCAAUGACAAUGAUGAUCUCGGUUUUGAUGGGCAAAAACGUAAAAAACAAGCUACAGAUGAAAUGGACUAUGAGGAUGGUUAUGAAGAGGAACAGAAUGAACCGGAGCUGUCUGCUGGAUUAGAAACUGACGACGAUCAGGCUAAUGAAGUUGAUAUUGGCAAGGAUGAUGAUGGAGUGCCAGGGACAGCACCAGAGAUUGUGAGCCCUUCUAAAACAAAGAAAAGUAAGAAAAAAGCAAAGUCGGAUGAUGAAAGAAAGAACAGGGUUAGAACAAAAGUGAUCAAGGAGUUUGACAGAGCAAUUUUUGUGGCAGCAAAGGGAUUGGACUUUGAGGUCCAUUUCAGAUUUUCUAAUGAACCUCAUGUAUUGUUGGCUCAGAUUGCUCAGAAAGUGGCGAAAAAGGUGUACCUCAGGAGCUCUGGCAAGAUCGAAUCUUGUCAAGUGAUUACUUGCAAAGAGAAUCAAGUGAUCUACUAUGGGGAAGAUCCCAAAAGAAGACAGAAAAUUGAGGCCAAGGAGAAAGAUGCGAUUCCGGCGCUUCACACUAACGGAGCGGAUUUUUGUGCAUUUUGGCAAAUGCAAGAUAAGCUGGACAUUAGAUAUAUAUAUUCCAACCAUAUCCACGCGAUGCUCACUACAUAUGGCGUAGAAGCUGCCAGAGAAACCAUCAUAAGGGAGGUGCAGAAUGUCUUUGGUUCAUAUGGAAUAUCUGUGGAUAUCCGUCACCUCACCUUGAUUGCGGACUUUAUGACCCACACAGGUGGUUAUCGUCCGAUGAACAGGCUCGGUGGUAUAGCAGAGUCCAUAUCGCCUUUCAGUAAGAUGUCCUUUGAGACAGCUUCUAAGUUCAUAGUUGAUGCGGCAUAUCAUGGGCUGGUCGACGACUUGGAGACCCCAUCCGCUCGGAUUUGCCUCGGGCUACCUAUGAAGAUGGGUACUGGAUCUUUUGAUUUAUUACACAAACUUGAGUUAUGAGGGGCAUGAUUUGAUAGGAAAACUGCAAUUAAAUGGCUGUGGAGUUGGUAAUGUAUAGAGAGAGUACUGAGGUGGGCGAUUUUGUCUGGACUGUUAGCCCUGUUUGUGUCUCAGAUGUCGAAGGUCCAUCUAACAUUAUUAUUGAUUGUUUCUCAUUCAUUGUGAUAAUGCAUAUCAGUUUUUAGUGCAA